AGAUGGAGAAGAAGAAAGCGUGCUUGAAUUUGAGUCUGAAUUAUCAAGAGGUUUUGAAUGCUUGGUGCGACCGUGGCCCUCUCUGGGCAGAUGAUCAUCAAUUCUCUCUCUCACUCUCGCUCUCGCUCGUCCACCCAAAUUAUAAUCCUGCCUCUAUGGGGGCAAUAUUGGAGGAAGAGAGGAGAAGGAGGGAAGCAAGUGUGCAGAGAUACAAUGAGAAGAGACAGACUAGGUUGUUCUCGAAGAAGAUACGAUAUCAAGUUCGCAAACUCAAUGCAGAUAACAGACCCAGGUUCAAGGGUCGUUUUGUGAAGAGAAGUUAUCCUCCUAAGAAGAUACCAAAAUGA